CCGGCAAUCAAAUAUAGCUCUCUCGAUGAAUCCUCCGAACCCAACAAUCCUAUUCUAACCGAGCACCUCAGAGGCUAUGGCUCUGCUAUUUGCGAGAACUGGCGAGAUGUUAUAAUAAUAUGCCUAAGCAUUCUCUGCGCCGGGCUCUUACUAGAUCGUACCUUUACCCGGACGGACACAAAAGGCCACGAGCCCACCCUAGAAUACGGAAGCGACUCCCGCUGGGUUUAAUACCACUGGACAACCGGAAUCUACAGCGCACGGCACCCCGAACACGCCGACCGGGUGCAUCAAGCCUGGGAGGCGAUCGUCCCCGCGUGGCGGUGGACCACAUCUGGGCGGCGCAGCACCGUCUGCCCGCGAGCAUGAGUCUGCCGUCCAACUCGUCCAAGGGGGUUUACAUCCUUGAUGCAUACCACCAAAUCCACUGCCUAACCAUCAUCCGCCGCACACUACGCGAGAUUCUGGAAACGGGGCAUCCCCCACCCAGCAUCCCUCUCCAGCACGCCUGGCACUGCUUCGACAGCUUGCUGCAGUAUCUCGUCUGCGGGAACUCGGGGGAUACGCUCCUCUAUACCUGGGGACGGAACCAGACUGGGGAUGGACAGGCACGGAAGUGUGUCGACUGGCGGGAGAGGAAGGAGUGGAUUCGAAGGCGGACGGCUUGCUAUCGCGAUACGGAGGCGCCGGUGAGGCUGGUGGAUCAUUUUACGGGAUGCGAAGACGGUGACGAGGCGGGGGAUGAUGGGAUUCGGUUGGAUUUGUGGUAGCAAUGAUGAGCUUUUGUCUGAUCAUAUCAUGGGAUGGGGAAGCAAUCAUGGGUUGUAAAUGAGAUACUAACUGGACUCUCCCGCUUCGAUUCUGCACAGAAAGAACGCACUUAGGUACAAAGUCUGGAGGGUACAGUGCGCUCUGAGUAUGUGUAUCAUACAACGUGGUCAAUGGUACUACCACCCCUCCCCUAUCACAGUGUUGUCCACCUCCUCGUUCUCGUCAUGCACCGCGUCAGCUCGUGGAAGAAGGCGAUGAGCUUCGGGUUCAUUGCGGUCUCUUGUGUUGAGGGAUAGCGAUGGCUCAAUAG